AUGACCAACAUGAGCUGGAGCUUCCUGACUCGGCUGCUGGAGGAGAUCCACAACCACUCCACCUUCGUGGGCAAGGUGUGGCUCACGGUGCUCGUGGUCUUCCGCAUUGUACUGACUGCUGUGGGUGGUGAGUCCAUCUACUCCGAUGAGCAAUCCAAGUUCACCUGCAACACGAAGCAGCCAGGUUGUGACAACGUGUGCUAUGACGCCUUCGCGCCCCUGUCUCACGUGCGCUUCUGGGUCUUCCAGAUCGUCGUCAUCUCCACGCCCUCCGUCAUGUACCUGGGCUAUGCGGUCCACCGCCUAGCGCGGGUGUCGGAGCAGGAGCGCCGCCGCGCUCUCCGCCGACGCCCCGGCCUCCGCCGCGUGCCACGGGCCCACCUGCCGCCGCCUCCCGGCUGGCCGGAACAUGCAGACCUGGGCGAGACCGAGCCUAUUCUGGGGCUGGCAGAGGAGGAAGAAGAGGAGGAUCAGGGUGCACCCGAUGGUCCUGGCGAGGACGCCGAGGAGGAACGUGCAGAGGAGGUGGCCGUUAAAGUGGCUACAGGUGACAUGAAGGUGGCGGGGUCUCCCGGCCCAACGGGGCAACACGAUGGGCGGCGGCGCAUCCAGCGAGAGGGCCUGAUGCGGGUGUACGUGGCCCAGCUGGUGGUCAGGGCAGCCUUUGAGGUGGCCUUCCUGGUGGGCCAGUACCUGCUGUAUGGCUUCGAGGUGCCGCCCUUCUUCCCCUGCAGCCGCCAGCCUUGCCCGCAUGUGGUGGACUGCUUCGUCUCGCGGCCCACAGAAAAGACGGUCUUCCUGCUGGUCAUGUACGUGGUCAGCUGCCUGUGCUUGCUGCUCAACCUCUGCGAAAUGGCUCAUCUGGGCUUGGGCAGCGCACAGGACGCGGUGCGCGGCCGCCGGGGUCCCCCGGUGCCAGCGCCCGGCCCCGCGCCACGCCCCCCGCCCUGCGCCUUCCCCGCCACAGCCACCGGCCUCGCCUGCCCGCCUGAUUACAGCCUGGUGGUGCGCGCCGCUGAGCGCGCGCGCACGCAUGACCAGAAUCUGGCCAACUUGGCCCUGCAGGCCCUGCGGGAUGGAGCGGCAGUGGUGCCCGUUGGUGAUGGCCGGGAUAGCCCGCCCUGUCCCGGGCUUUCGGCAGCAUCCCGGGGACCUCCCAGGGCUGGUGCCCCAGCUUCUGGAACUGGUAGCGCCACAUCUGGGGGCACGGUGGGGGAGCAAGGCCGGCUGGGAGCCCAAGAACGGCCGGGCACCAAGCCUAGGGCUGGCUCUGAGAAGGGCAGUACUGGCAGCAGGGACGGCAAAGCCACAGUGUGGAUCUGAAGGCACGGAGUUGGAGUGGGCUCAGGUGGGGGAGGUCGAGUCAUGGGGUCUUCUGGGGAAAUCGUCCUACUCUACCAGUGGCCUCAGGGGAUCUAGCUUCUCACACUCCCCACCCCUCACCACCAGGGUAUUAUGGGAGGAGGAGGAGGAGGAGCCACUGAAGGCCCUUGGGAGGUAUUGGUUUGGGCACUUUCCUGGCUAGGGUGGAAGGGGAAGGGAUUGGGAAGCCACAAGGGCCCUGAGCUCUGCACAAUGGCACUAAGGGAUGGACAGAGCCAAGGCCAAGGCACUGCCCCUUCCCCCCUUUUGAGCAGGGAUGGACCUUUAGAGAUGCCCACUACUAGGACUGCCAGCCCUUCCCUCCUAGUUCCCUUGAAGCCACCCUGUGGGAGCCCCCUGGAUGCCUGGCACAGAGGUUUGGGAGGAUUGUGCUUGUUCCCACUCCCAGCAGCAUCAAGUGAGCUUCUAGGCAGCAUCCACAGUCCCCAGGAGCCCCCAGUGGGGCAAUUCCAAGUCUUCUUGCAUGGAAGAGGAAGCCAAGGGGGGGGCCUGAGACAAGCAGAAACCCCAUACCCAAGCCCCUGUGUGCAUGCAGCGCCUGAUUCCUUGCCUGAGACAGACAGGAUGGAACAGGGCUGGGGCCUUGAAGGACCACCACCUUUCUGGGUUGUGGUGGCCUUUGGGACUUUCUGCAAGUCUGGCAAAGUGUUGCUGUGGUUUACUGUUUGGACUGACAAGGUUAUAUGCCAGAGCUGUGUGACUUUGAGAAUUGCUGGAGAAAUACAGUUUGGAGAAGCCUUCCACAGAU